AUUGGAUAUUUGGUUUGACAUAUUUUUGUUCAUCAAUUGCUUUACUUUUAAUCAUAAUUUCCAAUAAUGUUUUAUCAAAUAUGACAUUAAAUAUUAUUUAUUGCAUUGCCUUAAAUAUUAUUAUACCGAUUUCCAUCAUUAUAAUAUUAUCUGUUACAAUUAAUGUUGACAUAUUAAAAUCUAAAUCAGGUAAUUUUAAAUAUAAAGUAUUUAAUUAAAAUGAAUUUCCUUUUUUUUAAAAUAAAAUUUCUUUUUAUAGGUUGGGACGAACAACAAAUUAAUACUACUUACAUAUAUAGUAGUGAAUAUGGAUCUAGUCAAAGAUAUCAUAAUAAUAAUAAUAGUCAACAAACUUUAAGUUCAUUUCAAUCUAUAACACGUGCGAGUAGUCAAUUGGAACCUAAUUGGACAAAUAAUAAUCAAGAAAUUCAAUCAAACCGACAAAGUAUUCAAAAUUCACAUCCUUCCCCGUCUCUUCCGCUACAGAAUGAAGAUUCAAUACAAAUUUCUAUUUUACAAUAUAACAUUGAAUCUAAUUUUGGACUUUUAAAUGAAUUGUAAAUAAAAUAAAUACUUUUGUUGUAAACAAUAAUGUAUUGUAAAUUUUUGAAAUGUAACCAAUUAUAUAAUACUUCAUGAU